AUGGAGAACAAGACUCUUGCCUUCCGGUCGGGGGCAAGGUUCCCUCUCCUUCGGGUCAGAGGGAUGCAGACUGCAUUCGAGAGGAGAAUGGGCGUCCUGCGAGAUUCAAGCGUCGAGAGCGUUGAUGAGAGUGGCCGAGAUUUUACCACCUAA